AUGCCAAGUGCACCAACUGUGGAGGCUGACUCUGGGAUCUCGUUGCGCGAAGAUCUUGGUUUCGAGGAAGCCCCAGGCGUAUAUCUAGAAGUUCCAAACCGGUCAUUCUCUGUAUCUUUGCGUUGGAAGGGCUCCUUUUAUCCAGAAGUACUUCGUAGAAGUAUGCAAAUAUUUGGCUCGGGUAAACUGUACGCCGGCCUCCUGAUACAAUGCGAGAAUGACGUGGGGAUGGCAAGUCCACAGCACUCUAAGUUUUAA